AUGGAGACGGUGCCGCGCCAGCCCCCUCCUUCCCUGAGACCCGGGAGGCGUGGGGCGUGCGGCAGAGUCCGGCGGACCGCAGCACUGCUGCGAGGGCGCUGCACCCCUGGACCCCAGGAAAUGAGCGCCACCUGCCCGCCCGCGAACGACCUGGUGAAGCGGAGACGAGGCCAACCCGCCCGCCCGAAGGUGCCUGCCUCCAUUGGAGAGUGUCCCAGAGCAGACAGUAUGGAGGGUCAUGACACUUGUGUUUCUUUGGUCCUAGGCGAGCGUGUCCAGCCUCCCAAUGUCAGCUGGCCCUUGAGUCAGAAUGGGAGUGAUGCUGAGGCUACUCUGGCUGCCAACCUCACCUUCUCCUCCUACUAUCAGCACUCCUCUCCAGUGGCAGCCAUGUUCAUAGUGGCCUAUGUGCUCAUCUUCCUCCUCUGCAUGGUGGGCAAUUCCCUGGUCUGUUUCAUUGUGCUCAAGAACCGACACAUGCGCACUGUUACCAACAUGUUCAUCCUCAACCUGGCUGUCAGCGAUCUGCUGGUGGGCAUUUUCUGCAUGCCCACUACCCUUGUAGACAACCUCAUCACUGGUUGGCCUUUUGACAAUGCCACAUGCAAGAUGAGCGGCUUGGUGCAGGGUAUGUCUGUGUCUGCAUCUGUUUUCACGCUGGUGGCCAUCGCUGUGGAAAGGUUCCGCUGCAUCGUUCACCCUUUCCGCGAGAAGCUCACUCUCCGGAAGGCGUUGCUCACUAUCGCAGUGAUCUGGGCGCUGGCGCUGCUCAUCAUGUGUCCCUCGGCGGUCACUCUGACCGUCACGCGCGAGGAACAUCACUUCAUGCUGGACGCUCGCAACCGCUCCUACCCGCUCUACUCAUGCUGGGAGGCUUGGCCGGAGAAGGGUAUGCGUAAGGUCUACACCGCAGUGCUCUUUGCGCACAUCUACCUGGCGCCACUGGCGCUCAUCGUCGUCAUGUACGCUCGCAUCGCGCGCAAGCUGUGCCAGGCCCCGGGUCCAGCGCGCGACACGGAGGAGACGGUGGCUGAGGGUGGCCGCGCAACGCGCCGCAGGGCCCGCGUGGUGCACAUGCUGGUCAUGGUAGCGCUCUUCUUCACGUUGUCCUGGCUGCCGCUCUGGGCACUGCUGCUGCUCAUCGACUACGGGCAGCUGAGCGAGCCGCAGCUGCACCUGCUGUCGGUCUACGCCUUCCCCCUGGCCCAUUGGCUGGCUUUCUUCCACAGUAGUGCCAACCCCAUCAUCUACGGAUACUUCAAUGAGAAUUUCCGUCGCGGCUUCCAGGCUGCCUUCCGUGCACAGCUCUGCCGGCCACCCUGGGGUGCCCACAAACAAGCCUACUCCGAGAGGCCCGGGCGCUUCCUUCGCAGGCGGGUGGUGGUGGACGUGCAGCCCAGCGACUCAGGCUUGCCAUCUGAGUCUGGCCCCAGCAGUGGGGCCCCAGGACCUGGCCGCCUGCCGUUGCGCAAUGGGCGUGUGGCCAACCAGGAUGGGCCUCAGGAAGGACCUGGCUGCAACCAUGUGCCCCUCACCAUCCCAGCCUGGAACAUCUGAGGUGGUCCAAAGAGGGCAGAUCCAGUGGGCCUAUGGCCGUGACCCUGAACCGUGAUGCCUGGUUGCAAGAGCAGUAUUAGAAGAGGGUAGCAAGAUGCAUCCUUGAUUCAAAAACAAAAAUAAAAAAUAAACAACAACAGAAAACGAGACUGG